AUGCCAAAAAUUCAAAAAGAAAAUAAUAAAUGUUUUACUCUUUUCUCAAAACGUGAAAUUUUUUCUGCUGAUAAAAUUAAUAAAUAUGUUGCUCUUAAAGACUUUUUAGAAAGUUUGGAAAAACUCCAAAAUGAACAAAUUGCUUUAAUCUCUCAAAUUGAAGAAAAAAUGCUGAUUAAUAGAAAGAAUAAAAAUUACAAUAUUGCUAAACAAUGGUUGGAAAAAGUUCAUAAAGGAACUAGUUUGGAAUAUCCAUUCAACUUUAAUGUUAAAUAUAUUACUAAAAAUAAUGAAACAUUUAUUAUCCAAAGAAGUUUACGUAAUCAUGGAACACCAAACUAUAAUUUUACAAAAAAAUAUAAUUUAAAUUUAAAACUUACUUAUUGUGAUAGUUGUGAUUCAUUAUUCAGACGAAAAUAUUGUAAAAAAUGUAAACGAAAACUUUUUAAUGAGGGAAAUGAUUUUAAUAAAGACAUUAUUAUUGAUAUUUCAGAUUAUGAGUUAACAGCAUCUGAAAAAUUUUCAAUAUAUGAAAAUGAUGAUUUUGUCGUAAACGAUAAUAAUAGUGGAAAAAAUUAUUAUUAUAAUGAUUGUAAAGCAUAUCAUUUUUCCGAAUUUCAUAUUUGUGUUACUAUUUCGGAACAAGGGUUUUCUGGUGAUUUUACAAUUGCUAAGAACCAAAUCACAGAAUUAAUUGCUAUAAAUCUUAAUUUAUUACAACAAAAAAAAGAAAUCAUUGAUAAAUAUGAAAAUGAAGUCAAAGAAUUUUUUAUUAAUUUAUUGGUUAAUCCUGACCAAAAUGAAGCAUAUGAAAAAUGUUCUGUUUGUAAAACCUUUGAAGAAGCUAAAAUUAAAAUUACAGAGAAGCAAUUAAAUUAUAUUGAUAGUUAUACUGGAUUUCGUAAAUUUCCUGAUGGAGCUGAAUAUAUGUUUAGAACAUUGAUUUAUUUUACAAUUACAGAUCAAAUUCCUGAAAAUACAGAACCAGAAAAACAUGAUGAUUGGUUUCUUUGUGAUAUGAAAGAUCUUAAAGAUCAACUUCUUACUGAUAGUUUAAAACUUAAAUUAGAUAAAAUUAUUGAUAGUGUGGGAAGGAAAUGUACUAGUUUGAAGCAUAGUAAAAAAAAAAAAAUCAAUAAUGAAGAUAAUAAUGCUAGAAUUGAGAAUGAGAAUUUUUUAGUUGGCACUUCAAUAUCUGAAAGAGAAAUUGUAGAAAAGGAUUCAAGACAUGGAAAUUUUCAAAAAGAAUAA